CACCUUUGAAACUUAUUUACCAACUGCCACUGCAACCAUUCUCGUUCCUUGAAGAUUCUUCAACCGAUUCUCUCUCUCUCUCUGCAUCUUCGAUUCCUCCGAUCAGAAACCCUAAUCGCCAUGGUAGAAUCUCGUCAGUCAUUCGUCCAUCACGCUCUCGGCGGUGGCGCAGUUGCGGAUGUGUUGCUGUGGAGAAGAUGGUAUGGGAGUGUCACCGUGCUUGUAGGUUCCACUUUCCUUUGGUUCCUAUUUGAACGAGCCGGCUAUAAUCUACUGUCGUUUGUGGCCAAUGUGCUAUUGCUUCUAGUUUUAAUUCUCUUUUUCUGGGCUAAAUCUGCAUCACUUCUCAACAGACCUUUACCUCCCCUUCCUGAUAUGGAGGUUUCGGAGGAAUUCAUUGCAAAUGCUGGUGAAGUGAUGCGUGUUUGGGUUAACCAUGUGCUCACGAUUGCACAUGACAUUGCAAUUGGAGGGAACAUUAGGCUCUUUGUUCAGGUGCUUUUAGAUCUCAUGGUUUUGUUUGCCAAGUUCCAUUCAAGAAUCUGCUUGUUUACGUUAUUACUGGUUUGGCAGGUUGCUUUUGGCUUGUGGGUGAUAUCGUAUGUUGGAAGCUUCUUCAACUUUCUUACUCUGGUCUACUUGGGGGUUAUUUUCAGUCUAGCAAUACCUCCUCUAUAUGAGAAAUACCAAGAUCAAAUUGACGAUAAGCUGAUUUUGGCACAUAACAUCAUCCUAUCACAGUAUAAGAAAAUCGAUGACGCAAUUUUGAAAAAGAUUCCUAUGCACCUAAACAAAGAAAAGAAGAUUCAGUAGUCGUAAGGGAAUUUAGCUUCUACAUACCACGGGUGUCGUGAACAAGAAGUUGAGUGCAAUCGACUGCCCAUUCACCUGAAUAGUUUAGGAAGUGCUGAUACAUGCAAAUGCCCUAUUUUUGUAAUCGGUGUUUUCACGAGUCCUUGACAGUUGAUGUAACUAAUUGUGGAUAAUGCAUUACUUCUUCAUCUGGUACUAAGUACCUCUUUGUGGCAACUUGAGUUUGGAAUUUGAACAAGGCAUGUUUCCAACCAUGCUGGAAAGGUUGUUUGUUCACAAAGGUUAUUUCAGAUUUCUGUUCUAAGUAAUGUUUUCCACUGCAACUCUUUAAGCUCUACCCUUUUUGGGUGGCAGAAGACUCUUCUUCAGUUUCAUGCCUUUGUAAAUUUGAGUCUAAGACUAGGUGCAAUUUGCACCCAUAUUUUUUGGGUACCCA